AUGUCAGCACCCGGCAAAUGCAAAUUGGGCAAAAAUAGAGUUCUGCCUGGCGAUUCUUAUGUAAGCGAUUACAGAUGAUUUAAUUGAUCAAAUUAAGAUCUGUAAAAGCCGGAAGAAUCGUAAUUGAACGAAGUAUAUUUUGAUAAAUUAAAAUCACACAAAUUAUCACUAAAUGAAGCGUAAAGUAAGGUGAAUGCACGAAAAUAGAGUUCUGGCGUCGCGGCGGUGAUACGUCGGCGAUGCACCAGAAUCUUGAGUGUUCAGGAGGAUAGUCAUGCAGUGUCCAUGGCCUUGAAGGCUCUCCUUGGACAAGGACGAUGUGGGUAAUCUCUAGAUCUCCUUGCAAAGUCUAGAGAUCAAUGAAAUGAGUCGUCGAAUCAUCUCCGGCGGCUGUCACCGGGUAGAGUAGAAAAACGGCGACUUUGUGGCUCUCCGACGGCUGUCACCUGACAGUGAGGAGCUGGAUGGGGGUGGGGCGCGUGUCAGGGAGCUUCAUCCUCAAGUCCGCGCAGCAAGAGGAGGCUCUUCAUCGCAUCUAGUAUGCUCUCAGAGGUGGCGACUUGUCUCCCGGCGGAUCAUCCUCUUCCCGAUGACGGCUUGUUCAUCGAUAAAUCAGAGAUGCUUUACUUGAUGGAUUCACGAUCCUUGUAUUGCGAAUUGACGUGACUCAGUCGUUGUAUAUUAAAUCAUGCAAAUCUAAAAUUUAUAAAACUAGAAAAUACGAUUUUUCAGAUAUUUAGAAGUAUUUCUGAACAAAUGUAUCAAUUAUAAUUCAAUAAAACUUCCUCAAAUACUAGUAAUUUUCUUGGUCGAUCACAAGGAUGUAAUAUAAUAUUUGGUAAUUAUUCAGAUUUUUUCUCAAUGAAUAUAAUUUUCUAUGAAUUUUAUAUUAGGAAAUGAAAAAGAAAUAUAUUUAAAAUUCACGAAAAAAGGAAAUAAGGGUGCGGACGUCAAAAUGACGUUAGUGCCCGACGAUUGCGAAUCGGGAAAAAACAGAGUUCCACCCGGCGAUUCUUAUGUAAGCGAUUACACACGAUUUAAUUGAUCAAAUUAAGAUCUGUAAAAGCCGGAAGAAUCGUAAUUGAACGAAGUAUAUUUUGGUAAAUUAAAAUCACACAAGGUAUCACUAAAUGAAGCGUAAAUUAAGUUGAAAGCAAGAAAACAGAGUUCCGGCAUCGUGGCGGCGAUGCGUCGGCAAUGCACCGGAAUCGUGAGCGUUUGGGAGGAUUGUCUUGUAGUGUCCACAGCCUUGAAGGCUCUCCUUGGACAAAGAUGACGUGGGCAAUCUCUAGAUCUCCUUGAGAAGUCUAGAGAUUAAUGAAAUGGGUCGUUGACUCGUCUUCGGCGGCUGUCACCCGGCGGAGCGGAAAAACGGCAACUUUGCGGCUCUCCGGCGGCUGUCACCCGACGGAGAGGAGCUGGAUGGAGGUGGGGCGCAUGUCAGGGAGCUUCAUCCUCGGGUCUGCGCAGCAAGAGGAGGCUCUUCAUCGUAUCUGGUACGCUCUCAGGAGGUGGCGACUCGUCUCCCAACAGAUCGUCCUCUUCCCGACGACGGCUUGUUUGUCGAUCAAUCGGAGAUGCUUUACUCGAUGGAUUCCAGAUCCUUUUAUCGUGAAUCGUUCAGCAUGUUUAGUAACAAUGCUCCGCGAAUCGUGUUGACGAGAUUUUCACCGAUGAUCCAACGAUUCUAGUUGCUUAAUCCUUCACUGGCGCUCUGCAAGAAAGUCACGAUAAUCAAAUAAAAAAUAUGAGUUUUGGCUCUGAGAGGAUUCGAACGCGCACCGGUUGCCCGCCCUUUCUGGGGAAGGUGACGCGGGUUUAGUCCCACAUUGGUUGUGCGCCGAAGUUUCUGGUGAAUAUAAAGUAAUAUUACAUUCCCGAUCAAGCGUGCGUGUAUGACCACUCCUUGCCCCACAGCCGACUGGCCACUGGUGACGUGGAAGGGGAGUGGCGUACACGUUCCCCCAUCGGUUCAAGCCGCUUGAGCCCCUGCUCGCGGCUAUUUCCUGACUGCGCUUCCGACCCGCUCGCGGGUCUGGCUGGCCGGCGGGUCCCCCCAUUUUGCAAUUUUUUUUUUAAUUCUUUUUCUUCAUUUAUCUCAAACGUAA